CUAUGGCCGCGGAUCGACACGGGUCGGCACGGGGCGCCCUGCAGGUGGUCUGUGCACUCGGAAUAUGCGUGUUCCUAGGCCCGGCGGCGGCGCGGGUCAGGGUGGGUGGCACUAGCGGGGCACCCAGUGACCGGAGUGGACCCGAUAACCGGAGUGGACUCGGCGACCGGAGUGGACCCGAUAACCGGAGUGGACUCGGCGACCGGAGUGGACCCGGUGACCGGAGUGGACUCGGCGACCGGAGUGGAUCCGGUGACCGGAGUGGACUCGGUGACCUGACCCGGCGUCUGUCGCGCAUGUCAAGAUCGGCGGAGGGCGUGGGCUUCACGCGGCCGCUGGAGGAAGGUCGAAUCAUGGCCGCGUCUGUUGGAGAGGCCGCCAUGUCCAGUGGCGCCACCACAACAAAGUCAAGCAGCCCAUCGCCCUUUUCUGGCCGUCCGGCGGCCUCUGGUGAACAUCUGGCGACCUCUGAUGACCCCAUGGUGACCUCCGGCGAUAGUCUAGCGGCCCCAGGGGACUGUCUGAGCGAUGUGUUCAUCAGCGUCAAGACGUCGGGCCAGUUCCACGCCACCCGUCUGCCUCCCAUCCUGGACACGUGGUUCAGCCGCGUCCCCACUCAGACGUGGUUUUUCACGGAUCAGGAAGAUCCGGAGCUGCGGCAAAGAACGGGAGGUCAGGUGAUCAACACCCACUGUCCGUCGUCACACGACCGAGACGCUCUCUGUUGCAAGAUGGCCGCCGAGUACGACGCCUUCAUGGCGUCCGGCAAAAAAUGGUUCUGCCACUUCGACGACGACAACUACGUCAACACGGACCAGCUGGCGCGCCUGCUGGGCGAAUACGACGCCCGCCACGACUGGUACCUGGGUAGAAACUCGGUCCACGUGCUGCUGCAGAUCAUGGACGACGACCGGCGAGGGGAGCGGAUCUCAUUCUGGUUCGGCACCGGCGGCGCAGGCUUCUGCUGGAGUCGCGCCCUGGCGCUGAAAAUGUCGCCGUUCGCCGGCGGAGGCCGCUUCAUGCGCGUCGCCGAGAAGAAUCGUCUCCCCGAUGACGUCACUGUUGGGUACAUCGUAGAACACCUGCUGAAGGUGCCGCUGACCGUGGUGGACCUAUUUCACUCCCACCUUGAGGAGAUGAAGUUCAUUCGUAGCGAGGAACUGGGCGAACAGAUAUCGCUCAGCUAUGCCAACGACGGGGACACGGAGAAUGUCAUCAACCUGGAGAUAUUUAACAAGCAGAAGGACCCAACACGGUUCUAUUCACUUCACUGCCUGCUUCAUCCAUCUACGUCAUUCUGUCCACGAUGACGUCACAUCAAGCUUAUUAUUUAGCAGUAAGGGCUUUCACUGCAGCAUAACAAUUUGUGCGGAGCUUGUCGAAGGGCAAAUAUGUAACAAACAUGUUGCCACGUGACGGUGCUGUCUGUGGUACGCUAUCCUCCCUUGCGCGACGCGGGGUGAGGUGUGACGGGAAAACGUGGUAUGCCGUGAUGACAUGACGGAGAAUGCCAUGCUUUCGAACUGGAUGUUGUCUGGUUUUACUUGUGUGCCAUGCGUUAAUAUAUGAUGAUCCCCUUAAAAUGUGCGGAGUUGAGAUUACUAUAGGCGUAACAGCGCUGUUCGCGCGGUGGCAGUAUGCAGUUUUGUCGCCGGCAAACGGCUGGUGCGCGCCUUGCCGCCGCAUCAGCCGGCAAUGCUGUCAAGCCAAGAAGGCGUCGGUGCUCUAACUGUUCCACCUACAUUUGGCUGCUAGAAACUCAGGUGACUUGAAACUUUACUUAGAACACGUGUGUGCUCGUAGGUGUCGCGUGUUUUUAGGGCCCGUAGCAAGUUGUGACGUAUCUGUAUGCUGAGGAUGUGUAACACCAAGGGCACGUGAGAAUUAAAACUGUGUUUUCGCUGUGCCGCAAAACUUAAUUUCACGAUGAGCGGACUGCCCAUGAUUCGGACAGUUCAUUCUAGCCGAACUUGGGCUUUGACUGGAUUUCACCCCAGAUUAGGAAGGCCCGAUCAACUCAACGAUGGUCGAAUAUGUUGUACAGUCGUCUUAAAUGCGCAUAUGGAAAAAGGUCAACUUUGUUUGUAUCGUAGCAUCACUCGCAGUACUGUUCACAGCAUAUUUAGGUAAUGUCACCGCCAUUCGUAAGCAUGUUAUAAGAAGUGGAACAAGCCACAUGUUUCUGUCUGAUCGUUGAUGCAUUUUAAUUCAGUUCAGUAGUGAUUCUUGUGUAGAAAGAUAUCAGCCCUUGUCGCUUCGGGAUAUCACCGCAAAGCCCAUACCUUAGCUUCGCAGGUAUUUAUGUUUGUUUGAUCUCGAA